CACGUGUCCAAACAUCCACAAAUUUCCUAUUUAGUUCCACCUCACUUAUUCUAUCCGUUUCAUCUGUAAAUUGCUUAAAAUAUGUUAAAAAAGAGGCAAAAAAGCAGGAAAAAUGGGCAAAGAUCUUCCUCAGUCUCUAGUGUUGGCUCGAGGAGCUCCAGAAGCUCAAGAAGCUCAAAACACAGCGAUUCAUCCUCAAGAAUCUCAAAUUUUAGUUAUAUUCAGGAUCCAAAAAAGCCUAAUUUUGCCUAUAAAGCUUCUGAUGAUGAAGAUGAUCUGGAGAAGAAAAGCAGGAAGAAAUUGAGAACUUUCUCACCAAUCACUAUCCUGAUCUCCGUGCUCCAAUGGAUUAUAAUUAUUUACACUGGAAUUUCAUUUUUCUAUAACUAUGCAGAUGGGAAAGUUUUCAGUGCAAUUCUUGUAAUGUUGAUUAUAGAGUUAUCCAGUUCCUUGAUAAUGCUCUACGCUAUCAAGAACCCUGGAGCCUCCUGUAUACUUCUUGCUAGUCAAUAUAUUGCAAUGUAUUACUGUUUUUCGAACCAUCUACAAUCUACAAAUUCGUAUGAUUCUCAGAGACCAAUUUUCGAACGGAUUAUGUCUCUAUCAGUUAUCAGUUUGGUAUCAUUUGCUAUUCAUUUCUUCAUCCUUAUUCAAUCGAUUCGAAUUACUGGAGCAUCGGAAAAACGGAGUGAUUAUAGCGAUAAAGUUAUUGUGGAAGGAUGGGAGAAGCGGAAGAAAGAGUUGGAUAAGCUGAUUUGCAAUUUGAUCAAUGAAAUUUGUGGAGGAGAUGAGGAUCGCUAUCUAAACAUUCAAAUCGCUGAUGAAACUACCGAUCUUCCGGUUUCCAUCGACAGAGCCAAUGUUGAUAUGAGAAUUUACCGAGCUUUUGAAAUGAGCAUGGAGAAGGAUAUCAUAAGCCUGUCAACUAGUAAUACAUCUCAUGCAGAGAUCAGUACUCCGAAGAGCCGGAAGAAAAAGAGCAGAAAGUUGGGAUUGAAGAACUUGGAGGAGGUUAUCAAUUCAAAGUAUAACAGCUGCCAGAAGCAAGACAACUCGAUGAGCAUCCAAUGAAUCUAAUAAUUAAAUAGUUAUAUAUCCUUUUCCAUUUUCAUUCAAAAUACUUUUUCAAUGAACGAAAAAUUGAAUAGCUU